AUGCUCCACCACAACACAAACUCCAUGGUUCAUUUCUUUCUACUAUCAUCAAUGAUAAUAGGAAUUGGAAUGUCAGAUUCAUCGAAAGACAAACAAGAAUGCACACCACAAUUGGCAAGUCUAGCAACAUGUCUACCUUAUGUUGAAGGUGAAGGAAAAACACCAGCAACAGAUUGUUGUGAUGGUCUCAAGACACUUCUUAAAACAAACGAAAAGUGUUUGUGUUUGAUUAUCAAAGAUCGUAAUGAUCCUGAUUUGGGUGGUAUUGUAAUUAAUGUCACUUUGGCUUUGAAUCUUCCUAAAGUUUGUAAUGCCCCUGCCAAUGUCUCUAAAUGUCCUGAGCUGCUGCACAUGAAUCCGAAAUCAACUGAGGCUCAAGUUUUUUAUAAUUUGAAGAAUGGCUCCACAAAUAUUGGCCCUAGUGUUGCACCAAGUUCUUCACAUGGAGCAACCACUCAUGCAAACAGUACUACAGAAAAGAGUGAUGCAUUCAGCAAAGAGAAGUUGUUUGGGUUAGAUGUUUUGGCUGUGGGGAUUUUGGUUUGGUUUUUAAUGAGUUCUAGAGAUGGAAAUAUUUUUAUUUAG